AUGGCGGAACAGGUUGAACCCCCAGUGGUGGAUGAGGACGUCAUCAUGGACCCUGAAGCAGAGGUCGUGGACGAAGAGGAGGAGCCCGACAGGGAAAAGAUUAAGCUGCUACCGCAAGCAAGCACAGAGGACGGAACUUGCGCGUCUUUCCAGAUCGUAGACGAAGACCACACGUUGGGGAACGCGCUGAGAUACAUCAUCAUGAAGAACCCCGAUGUCGAGUUCUGCGGCUACUCGAUCCCACACCCAAGUGAAAAUCUGCUAAACAUACGGAUCCAGACGUAUGGCGAGUCGACUGCGGUGGACGUUUUGCACAAGGGUCUGAAGGACCUGACCGAUCUGUGCGAUGUGGUGGAGGAGAAGUUCACGCAGAGGAUCAAGGAAAUGUAG